CCGCCUAAGGAGCUCCCUCCUCGGCCAGCCUCCUCUCAUGCAUAGCCUCCUCACGCAUCUGAAAGGACCGCUGAGUGAGAAUCGAUGGCGCAGAGGCCCGCUUGACAGGACAAUAAACCACAAAGAAGGGGCUCCCCAUCCACCGUGCCCAGCAGCAGCAGCGAUGUCCCCGCAGCAGAGGGGGGAGGACCCGGGCCUGGCAGCAGCCCUCCCCGGCCACCUCCUCCCAUGAGGCCGCCACCAGCUCUCCGCGCUGCCGCUCUGUAUGGAGCCUCUCACUUAUGAAUUGACAUGGAGGAUGAAGAUGGGACUUGUCUACUUGAUGUUUUGUGUGACCCCCAAGCCCUGAACGACUUCCUUUAUGGCACCAAUGAGCUGCAGACUGAAGACCUGCUCAUUAACUCCUCCUCUGGGGGGGGUUCACUCUUCACAGACGCCCCGAGCCCCGGCUCUCUGCUUGGAGAUGGCAGCGACCCCCCGGACUCGCCCCCCCCCGGCUGUGUGGAUCUGUCCUUCCUGGAGGAGGCGCUCCUGUCCUCUCCGGAGGGUGAGGAGGACCCCGAGGAGGAGCUGGGGGGGACGACACCUGUGCAGACUGGAUAUGAGGGGAAGAAGGGGGGGGUGCAGUGUGACAUCCUGCAGCAGAGCCUCCAGGAGGCCCAGAUCACGGAGCAGACCAUGGCUCUGGAUCCCGGGGGGGAUAACCUGUCGCUGUACUCGCCCCCCUUCAUACCCAGGGACACCCAGGCAGCGGUGGACCCCCCCCAGCCCUCCCUGCUGGCUGUGGGGCCCGGCUGUCCCUCCCUGAAGCCGGCCGCCCAGCUGAUGGGGCUCCUGCCUGGGAACGUUUUCCCCGAGACCUUCUCUCUGAGCUCCAUGAUCCUCCACAGGGCCAUCCCCCGGCCCCUCCCCACCCCCCUCCUGAGGGCCCCUGUCCCCCUCCUCAUCCAGUCCAAGCUGCCAGUCAGCAUCCAGCCCCGUCUGGUCCAGAUCAGCCCAAAACAACCGGGGCAGAAACAGAAACAGAAUCAGGCUCCGAGUCUCACCUUCGUCCCCGGGGCUGCCUCACCCAACAUCGUACUCUCCCCCCCCCCUCAGAAGCCUGUGGCCCCCCCGCAGCCCCACCUCCCCAAACAGCUGAGCCUGCAGCUGGUGAACCCCGGAUCCUUCCUGCUGCAGCCUCACAUCUUCCAAGGCCAGAACCAGUACCUUCUCCAGGGCCGGGCCCCCGUCACUAUCUCCCAACAUGCAGCUCGGCCCCUGCUGGGGUCCUCCGCCGGUGGCCCUCAGAUCCUCACGGUGCCCCCCACCUCCACCCCUCAGAUCCUCACGGUGCCCCCCCGGCAGCUGAACUUCAGCUUCACCUCCCCUGCAGGUCAGCUGGCGCUCCGGCAGGUUCUUUCCGGACCCUUACAGCUGCAGUCAGGGGCCCCGACUGUCUUCCAGAUGCCGGGGGCCUACGCUGCGGGGGGGCCGUGCAGCACCCUGGUCCACGGCCCGGCGCUCGGGAACCACAUCACCCUGAUCAACAGUUCAGGAGUUCUUCCCCCCGACCUCACCUCCAUCUCCAUUGUUAACGGACCCUCGGUGGUGCAGGGGCGGCCCUUUGCUGCCCGGGCCCCUGCUCUACAGACCGAGGGGCCCCUGAGCCGGCAGCAGGCCUCUGUGGUGGUGCUGCCUGAGAGAGCGGUGCAGGAGGAGAGGGGCCCCGAGGAGACGCUGCAGCAGAUCCUACAGGUCCUGCAGCCGGUGACGGUGCAGCCCCCACCUGCAGAACUGCAGUCCCCCCCCCCUCCUGCAAUCACCGUCCUGCAGCCCCCCUCUGAAGCCCCGCUGCCCCCCCACCCGGCUGAGGAGAAACUCCUGAUGCCCCCCAUAGAUGUGACCACCUUAGAGGAGGAGGCGACCCCCCUCAUGAGUCAGAACGAGGCCUUUAUCCAACAUCUGCAACAGGCUGCUCUGAGCCCCCCUCUCUCCUCUGAGCUAUUGGCUGCAGACCUGCCGAUGGAGACCCUCUCCUCCCCGGACAGAGAGACCCCCCCCCAGAGCCAGGACCCCGCGGUCCAGAACCUGGAAGCUUCUCCGAUCCCCCUCGACCCCGAAGACACGUCUCUCAGCCUCCCCCCCUCCCCACUUCAGGACGCAGAGGGGCAAAGUUUCUCUCCCCUCGUCCCACCUCAGAGUUCAGACCAGAUCCAGAUCCAUGUCUCACAGGCCUCGUUUCCCCAGAACCAGAAGCAGGUCCAGUCCUCUGUCUCCCAGCCUCCGUCCCCCCCCCAGCCUGAUCCCCCGUCUUCAGGUCUCUCCACAGGAGGAGACCCCCCCCCUGUCCAACAGCACACACAACACAAGCCAACAGCUGCCUUGCUCGUGGAGCCUGAAGCGUUUUCUCUCCAGCCAUCAUCUCCUGCAGCCUGGGGUCAUGGUCAGGGUCAGGGGCCCCCAGAGCCCAGAGAGCGGACCCCCACCCUGAGGAGCCUGCAGACCUGCACCAAGCCUGCAGAUCUUCCACAGAGAGAGAAUCUCACACCAGCAACACGCAGGCACCGGUUCCAGCAGCGGUUGUGUUCGGACCAGGCCUCGGUUCAGGCCUCUCUCUCCGGGCCGGGCUUCCCCUCGUUGCAGGACGCCGUCUCUCGCCUGCUGCCGUUCCACUGCUGCGCCGGAGAGCUGCCGACUCAGCAGCACUUCAACACAGUGGAUCAGGAGUUUGAAACGGUGUCAGGUUUCCUGCUGAAACGCACCAAGGACAUGGUGAACAAAUACAGGCAGCUGCUGGUCAGAGAGGCUCAGCAGGAGAGUCCGUCUGCAGAGAUGGUGAUGUUGGAGCGUCUGUUCCUUCAGGCCGAGCGAUGUGCGUUAGUGGAGGACAGACGGAGGGUCCGCAGAGACCCCGAGUCCUUCCUGUCGGCCAUGACCCCCUCCUCGUCUUCCCUCCCCCCUUCCUCCCCCCCAGCCUCCUGGCCCCGGCUCUCGGAUCGGCCACCGGGUCUGAAGACGUACCGCUCCAGCUCCCGCGGGGCCCUCAGACUCACCAUCAAGCACGAGUCCGGCUCCAGGAAGGUGGUGCACAACUCCGCCUGCGAACAGGGCCUCAAACGGGACCACAAGGGGCAGCUGAUCAACGGGGGCCCCCACCCUCUUUUUCCGGGCCCCCACCCUCCUCUUCUGGGCCCUCACCCUCCUCUUCUGGGCCCUCACCCUCCUCUUCUGGCCCCCCAGGAGACCCCUAACGGAGCCCACCCUCCAGAGGAUAUCCCUGACACAGAUUCCAAACUAAAACCUCUCUCCACACCGCAGAUUAAAGGCUCUCCUCACAGAGAAGUCAACGCCCCGAAGGUAAAAUGCUCCCGUCCGGACGCCCCCCUCCCUCGCCCGCUGCAGGAGGACCCCCUGCUGAACGAACACCUGCAGAGCGCCAUCGACAGCAUCCUGGAGCUGCAGCGCCUGCAGGGGCCCUCAGGAGCCCCCCCGCCGGGCCCCUGCCUGGACCAGAGGGUCAGCAGCGCUCUGCAGCUGUGAGGUAGAGAGACUCACAGAGAGGAGUUUCAGUCUGACCCCCAGAGGUCACUGAUUGGUCCGUUUGUCAGAUCGUAGAGUCCUGGACCCAGAAAUGCGGAGUACCCCAACGUUUUAUGGUAGAAAUGUAUAGUACGAGUCCCAAGCUCAUGGAAACUGCCGGAUGCUAACUUGCAUAUGUUGGCCAAUUUGCACAAUUAGCACAAGUUGUGUUAAUUAGCAUAUGCAGUGGUUUUGGCGAUUAUUGAAAAUGCUGAGUCCAUUUCCUUUUGGAUCCAUUGGCGGUAUUAACCAGAAAGAGGCCAUAUUUGUAGUCCCUAGGGGCUGAUUUUGAUGAAUAUUGAUGUCGAUGUGGAAGUUUUAGUGGACUCUGGAUCGUUUGGAUUGGACAGAUAAUAAUCAUCUUGUUCUCUCCAUAUCCAAUGCUCGCAACACUACUCAUGGUAGUCAAAAUCAGCCCAUUGAGAGUACAAAUAUGGCCAAUUUCUGAUUAAAACUGCCAUUUUUUAUGCUAAAAAUUGAUUCAGUAUCCUCAAUAACCCCCACCACCAUUCCAAAAUUGUCCAAACCGGACAAGCCAUUUGUUAACUGUAGUCCACAUCGGCUAUAAUGCCAUUAAUGCAACUUGCUUGCUUGUUGUGUGCGAAUUGCCCAACACAUGCAAGUUAGCAUCCGGCAGCUUCUACGUGCUGGGGACCCGUACUGUACAUUUCUGACAUAAAACUUUGGGGUACUCAACAUCUCUGAGUUCACAGUGCUGGCAACUAGACUAGAUUGUGUGAAAGAAAAAGAGGCGCUAUGAAGAGACGGCAGCUCACAUGUUACAUACUUCUUUUAGAUGUGCACUUGUGGAAAAAAGCUCUAUGGUUUCAGUGGUAGUUUGGUCCUUCAGAGGUUUUUACGACAUUGGUGUGACCUUCAUCGGCAGACAGAAUAUAGUGAGGACACACAGGAGUAGUCUGAGAUUAUUCAAUAGUUUUUUAUAAGAUUUCUUUCAAAAGUGAAGUUUCUUUAGUGCCAAGCUUCCAGGGUAUUUAUUUUGAUAAUCUGUGCCAGUGUAUGUGUGUGUGUGUGUGUGUGUGUGUGUGUUUGUGUGUGUGUGUGUGUGUGUGUGUGUGUGUGUGUGUGUGUGUGUGUGUGUGUGUGUGUGUGUGUGUGUGUGUGUGUGUGUGUGUGUGUGUGUGUGUGUGUGUGUGUGAAAACAUCCUGCUAAAUCCCGCAGGCUCCAUCGUCUCGGCUUAUAGAAUGAAACUCCAAAGACUUGCUUCACCCUGAAAACACCAGCAGCCCGUCUCUUCCCAAUAACUGGAGUCUGUGUUUUUGUUCAAAAAAGAAAUUCAGCAGUCGUGCUUAGUGUGUGUUUUUUAAACCUUUGGAUCCACGCUGGAGUCUGACUGUGAAAUAAGGGGGAGAGAAGUUUAUGUAUUAACAUGCAAGCAAUAAAGACUAAUGGUUGUAGGAGAGGAGGAAGAGGAAGAGGAGGAGGAAGAUUGUUUUUCAGGAUUGAGAGAAGCUUGUUUUAUCAUCGAAACACGUGUAGUUUAGAUAUUGCAGUUAUUUUCUAGCCUUUCUGCAUCAUCAAACAGCCUUUGACCAAAAAAUCUAAAGGAAUAAUCCGCAUUCACGCCUUUUAUUUAUUUAUUUAAUUUAUUUUCACGCAGCCAUUGUGGAGCACUGUGGUUUUUUGGCAGCAUCUUAAUGUGACAAUCUUAUUGGUUCGUGUGAAAAUGUGAAUUCUGUUGAAACGAGUCACGGAAAUAUUCUCUGUCGUUGGGUUUUACCUUGAAGGUCAAAAAGUUAAACCUGCAAAUUCAUUUUUUGUAAUAUAAAAUUGAGAUUUUGCUUUUUAAAGGGGUCAAAGUUUUGACAUGCAAAUUUUAAAAUGUUUAGAAUAUGCCUUAAUAGGCGCUUUCACACCGCAGUACUUUUCCCACAAAGGUUCAUCAGCACUUAGUUCAUGAGAACUCUUUAGUUCUCAUGAACUAAGUACAGAUCGC